UGCAAGACUUGGUGUUUUUUACAGGUUGUUUUUGAUAGUUUCAAUAUUAUUUGCGGAAUAAUGGCCGAAGACAAACGCAUAAAUAUGUUAAAAAUUAUAUGCUGUGCAGUUAUUUUAUUAUGUAAGUUGCCGCUGGGGUUGGCAACCACCUGGUCCCCCGCCCGGUUGGAUCCUAUGCCUUAUGAUUAUCACAAUCAAAAGGCUCUCAUCAGCAGGAUGACAGAACAUUUGGUUCAGCAAGUAGUAAUGAAAAUGCGUCUUGCUGAAAAUAUACAUUAUGUUUACAAGGGCUCUGUUGAGUAUGAGAUGGGCAUUGUAUCUGGCAAUAUUAUGGACAGAUUUACCCAUAUGAUGAACAUAUACAAGUUCUACUCUAAGCCUGUAAACUUUGAAAAUACAUCAUUAACUGAAGCCGAGUACAUGACUGGAUAUGCAGCGAUCCGAAGUUUCUACAAUCAGCUGAUAGUAGACCGAAAUAUGUUUGUAAGAUUGGAAGAUAAAUAUGAAGAGAAACAUGAGAAACAAGAUGAGUACUGGGAGCGAAUUGCUCAUAAAUAUAAUGUGACGGUAAAACAACUGCAUGAUGCAAGAGACCAGGGGUUAAUCAAACCUGAAGACUUCCCUGAUGAAGAAAAACCACCAAGUCGGAGAAGUAUGAAGAUUCAAACUACCGGGACACGAAAGAUCAAUAAUAAGGUACCAGUAAAAAAAUAUCCUACAAGUAAGAAGGAGAAUCGAAAGAUUAAUUGGGGACGCCACAAUGGUGAUACUGCGGAAGCCGAAUAUAAGAAAUCGCUAAGAUAUAAGGCCUGGGCGCAAAAAUGGCAAGGUUUCAAUCCGGACAUCGAAGGGAUACAUAUACCAAAGCCGAUAGCAGACAUUGGUUUCAAAAACCUCAGUAAUUUCCUACCCAAGGAGCUACAAGGAGUCGUUUGA